AUGCUCACACUUCUGUGUGUCCUCUCAGCUGUGAGAAUGUCGGCUGCUACAGGCGUUGCGGAUGAGAACAUCAUGGGCGCACCUGCGCGAGGCGAGAUCCAGCUCACGCUCGCGCUGCUGAAGCCGACUGUGGUGUCGUACCAGCCCGAUGUUUCCGCAAUUCUUCGGCACAUCAAGAAGAGCGGUCUAGACGUCGUACGGACAAGAAAGCUGUUUUGGACUGUCCCUGAAGCGACGAAAUUCUAUGCGGAACAUGAAGGCCGCUUCUACUUCCCUCGUCUGAUCACUUCCAUGACAUCCGGUCCCUCUAUGGCAUUGGCUCUCUCUGGUCCCGACGCUAUACAGCGGUGGAGAGCCAUGCUGGGUGCCACAAAGGUCUACAGGGGCAAAUGGGAGGAGCCGCACCCCAUCGGCCUGCGGGCCACUUACGGUUUGGGGGACACUCGCAAUGGCUUUCACGGGUCGGACAGCAACGAGAACGCCGAGAAAGAGCUGGGCUUGAUCUUCGAGGGCUGGGAUACACGGUGGUGGCUCGACCGAGCAAAGAAGAUGGCGGCAGGCGUUGAGGUAGAUUGACAUUGUAUGACCUUUGUAUUUAUAUCAUGCCAACCACGAGCAUAGUCUCUUGUCGUAAAAGGAGCAAGAAUAGACCAGUGAUGCCUCUGUCG